UAAAACGGACUGUGAAUUAGUAUUAGUAUAAAUUAUUAUUAUCCUAUUGAUAAUCGUAUCAAGUACUUAGUUAAAAUAUGUGGAAUUUCUGUUUUAGGGUGGAUUUUCUCCAGAUGGGAGGCGGGUUGAUCACCUGACAAGACUACAACCAGCUGGGUAAACAUGGCGUCUGUCUCUGGAUGUGAAAAUUACAUGUAGCGCCUCUGUCUGUAAACCGUGUCUCUGUCGCACCAGCGUCCCGCGUUUUAUCCUAGAACACAGUAACGUGAUGGACACGACGCAUGAAGACGUGCAGGUCAGAAGGAGAGAAGCGCUUCACUGAUGCUGCUUUGUAAUUUUUGUCUCUCUGCACAGCAUGAAGGGUCUGAUGCCUGCCCGGAGCCUGUGACUGGCGCAAAAAUAAUUGCUUUUGUUAACAGAGACCCUGACUUGUGUUUUUGUAGAGCUGUCUACUUUUACUGAAUCUGACAAAUAUCAACAAUCCUGCUCUGAACAGCUGAGUUUUGGGCCCUCUGUGCUCUGGGACCCCCUUUUUAAAUUACAUAAACCAUCUUGAAUUUUUUUGUGGACCUUGCCCACCUCUGGGCCCCUAGAAUCCACAGCUCCUUUAACCUCACUAACAAAUGCUCUGCCUGGACAAUGUGAGAGCAGAAUGAUCAAUCUGACUGUACUCUAUGUGGCUGCGCUCUGACAGCUGGUUUAUGACUGUUAGUGGUGCUGCACUGUGUGUUGUGUUUCUCAUGCCUUUCUCGACAACACCACUAUGAUAGGCUCACCUGACGUGGUGGCUUUCACUAAAGAGGAUGAGUAUGGCCAGACAAAUCCUGACCCCUGGGCUCUCCCCGAGGAGUUCUCCGUCCCCCUCUAUCCUCUGGCUGACUCCAACCCCUGGGCUAAAACCUCCUACGCCAAGUUCACCAAAGACUUCAUCCUCAUCUCUGAGUUCUCAGAGCAGGUGGGCCCUCAGCCGCUCCUCACCAUCCCUGAUGACCCCAAAGUCUGCGGCACCUUCGAUCUCAACUACUUCUCCCUGCGCAUCAUGUCAGUGGACUACCAGGCCUCCUUCGUCGGGCAUCCACCUGGCAGCGGCUACCCAAGACUCAGCUUUGUGGAGGACUCGAGGGUGGUGCUUGGUGACUCAAAGGAGGGGGCGUUUGCCUACGUCCAUCACCUCACCCUUUACGACCUGGAGGCGAGGGGCUUUGUGCGACCAUUCUGCAUGGCUUACGUCUCGGCAGAUGAGAGGAAAAUCAUGCUGCAGUUUCAGGAGCUGUCCCUCCGCUUCUCGCAGGCCUCUGAGUGUCUGAAGGCUGGGAACAGGAGAGCCUUCGCUAAGGAACUCCAGAGGAAGCUGCGGGACCUGGAGUACACUCACUCUGUGCUGCAGAGGGAGGAGGGCCUCCAGAGAGAGGCGGGGCCUCAGUGCAUGUACUCUGCUCAUGCUGUGGAGAAAGCCAAUGAGCUAGCUAAUGUGGAAAAAAGCAUUUAUGAACACAGAGACCUGCUGAGACAGAUCAGCUCCUACCACUGUCGCCCGCGUCGGGAUCCUCAUGCGGUCACCUGCCAGAAGUGUAUGACCGAGUGCUUGAAUGAGUGUGAGGAGCUGUUGGACAAAUACGCCAAGCUCGCCAACCCUUUCGGUUACACCGACAAAGGGGGGAAAGGGGAGGAAGGGCGGGGGCAAAUUGAUGAUGAAGGAGGUGAAGAGGAAGUGGAGGAGGACGAAGAUGAGGGUGUUAAACGCAGGCCAUCCUACACCCCACAGCUAAUAAAAGCUAAAUCUGCCAAGUGUUUUGACAAGCGCCUGAAAACCCUCCAAGAGCUGUGUGACGAGACUUUCUACGAGGCCACUGUGGAGCUCCUGAAGGAGACGGAGAGGAGUUUCCGGGGCGACCUGUGUUACCUUCACACACGCCGCCUGGACAAGGCUCUACGCAGGAGACAGAGAGUUACCAACUUCCUGUUUGAGGAGGACCUCGGAGAUGAUGAUGAGGAUGAAGUAGGAACACUAAGACCGUUCUGUGCUGUGAACCAUGCUGUAGAUAACUACACAUUCUUGAAUCCACCUCCUAUUGUGUUAGGACCAGAACCUCUAGAGCUGGACUCAUUGGAGCCUCCAGAUCCUCUAGACCUGGCCUCUGAGACCAGCCACACUCAUGACAGUGAGCUUGGGCUCGGGGAGAGCCAUCUGGAGUCCUCCCCCUCAGACCAGACUCUGGAGACCCAGGAGAGCUCAGAGGAGACCAAAGGAAGCUUUAGCAGCGAUAAGAGCGGGGUGGGUCCGGCAGAGAAGCAACAGAGUCUUGCUAGUGUGAGGUCAGAACCUCCUGAUCCUGAUUCUGACUUGACCCCUGAUGCUGACCACAACACUGACCUGGAGAGGGAGAGCAGCAGUGAGGAGAUGGAGACCACUGCAGGGGACGAUGAAGGUGACAAUGGGGGAGACCAGACGCCUGUGUCUUUACUGGAGGUGGUGUCUGAGCUGGAGGGCAGCAGGGAGGAUGACUGUGAGAGAGAAACUGAUGGAGCUUGUGAGUUGGAGUCUGACUUGUUGGUUCCAAUAGACACGGCGUGCUGUAUGUCUCAAGAUGGUUUCCUUUAUGAGGCGUCUGCCCCAGAGGCAGAUCCUCAUCUGGGCCAAAGCUCCCACCAUCAGCCUUCUGAAACCCUGGUGGUCAACCAGGAGCCCCAGGCCCUCCUCCCACUCCAGGAUGACUAUGCUGUGGGUUCUCCAUGCUCAGAGAGCCCCGCAGCUGGUCUGGAGCUGCCUGUGGGGCUCCUUGGAGAUGCAGUUUCCCGCAUUUCAGUGGAGGAUGGGUCAGACUGCACCAUGAGCGCUUCUACAGGGUCUGAUCGGGCCGCCUCACCUCUCGGCUAUGGGGAGGUGGUGACCCUGCGUCAGAGGAAGAAGGCUGGACAGGGGGCCCUGAGGUUUGUGCGACAGUACCCCUUUGCCAUGCAAGCUCUGUGGUGCCUGCUGAGUGGAAGAACCCUGGUGGUGCUCGGGGCAGAUGAGGGAAGAGUCCGUCGGUUGGUCGCUGCUCUGGCCCUCUUUGUGCCUGGCCCUGGGAAGUGUGGAGAGAGGGUUCAAGCCUGGCUGUCCUGUCCUUUCACCCUUACUGACCUGCAGAGGUGGAAACUCAUUGGAUUGCAAAGAGUGGCAUCCCCUGUGGGUUCCAGCAUGCUUUACUCACUGUCCCGCUACAGUCGCUACAUCUCCAUCCUCGAUGCUGACCAGAAGACUUUGCGCUGCCCACCGUAUCGCGGCCAACUGCUUGCCAACAUAGCCGACCACCGCACCUACAUCCGCCGCGGCUCCACCUACUUCCUUCACGUGCAGAGCACCCUCUGUCGCCUGGCAGCCAAGGCCUUCCUGUUUACCUUCACUCACCACCUCCACCUGCCGGUCAGCUCCACAGAGGGGCCCGAGGUUGUGGAGGGCCGACGCCGCUGCUUCCUGCAGGAGCAGCUGGGGCUGGGCGAGGAGGAUAGCCAGAUACUGCUCUACCUCAGCCAGCUCAUCACUCAGCAGUACUUACGGCCUGCCACCGGGAGCAGCGCAGCAGCACCUUGUUUUAGUUUUAACUACACUACCAGCGUUUUAUACAAAAUCUAAUAUUCUUCUGGGAGGAGGAUUCUCACACACGUUUUAGCAGAAAUCAUCUGUGACCCUUUGGUUUAUAAUGGACCAAAGGUGAUCGUAAUAAGGUCUAAAGUAAUUUUUAGUUUCAGGACAAUCUCUGCACUGGUUAUUGUUUUUUCUGCCUUGUUGAAUUUUUCUCUGCUCUUGCUGUUUCCUCUGUGUGCCGGGAGAAGGAGGAGAAGGAGACGGAGUAAGUUGUGAAUGUCAGUGAGUGGUUUACUUGUGUGUAUUUGGUCCAGAGCAUGUUGACGCUCACAAACACACACAUGACAGAGCAGACGAAGGUCGACUCCUCUUAUUGUCCUUUGAGCCUUUUGUGUGUGUUUUUCUCUUUUGUGGAAAAAAAAUGUUACUUACAUUGGCUGUAAGGUCAGUCCCCCCCUCUCCUCACCACACACACACACACACACACACACACACACACUUCAUCUUACAAAACUAUCCAGCAUGGCUGUCUGUGUUAUAAGUGCUGGUAUGACCUCAGCCAGCUCUCUCACAGGUUCAGUCACAGCUCUGUGUUAACACCUGCCAAUCACUGAGCAGUUUGUCAGCUAUGAUAUCAUCUCAGCUAAAUGUAAACAUGUUUUUCAGGAUAACUGUGACCUUUUCCGCCUGUGGCCAACACAUGGCUCUCUGAAUCUGUCCACGAAACCUUAUUAGCACCGCACAGGCUUGUUGCAGCUGGUUUUGUGACAUGCCUCUCUCUUUGAAAACUACCACAUCACUUCCAAAGGCCAAAAACCUAUUUCUGUUUCAUUCACCUGCACUUUAAGUUUCUCUAUUUCGUGAAUGAAUUUUAAACACACAUUCCUGCUGUGAUGAACAAAUCUUGUUUUUUGUUCCAAAAAGAGUUGGAUCUGAGAGGAUGGAAUAAACAUUCCCAGAGGCUGCUUUUCGGGUUGUGAUGCAUGAGGAAGUGUUUUUGCUGUGUGAAUUAGAUCCAGUUGGCUCCAUGUAAUGUUGCAUGUCCAGAGAAAUAACGUCAUCACGCACAUACUCACACAUGUAGGGCCAGCAGGCAGCCAAAACCUGUUGAUAUUCACUGCUGGCGAGCAUUUUCAUGGAUAUUACUCACACAGUCAGGAGCAUUUUAAAGCUACUUAACCUUAAAUGUAUUAAAUUUCACUGUUGUCUUAAAGUUGUGUGAGAGUGUCGUGGUGUCAGCAUGAGACUGUCUUGUGCCAGGGUGAAAUCCCCGCAUUGAUAAUAUUUAUUUUUUUUGUUAUAUUUGAAGAAAUUGACUUGGACAAGAUGCUGAACAGUUUGGGGAGAUGUUGCCAGGAUGGUGGUGUUGUGUUUGUGUAGAUUUUAUUGUGGGAGAAAUUAAUUUCCUGUGCCAUCAAAAACAAAACUCUGAUGUUUGACACUUGAUUUAGGAGAGCAGCUGCCUAUCUUAUCUUUAUUUUCCUCAGUGAUCCUUGCUGGAUGUGUGCUAUAACGAAAACUGUUCUAUAUUUAUUGCUUUAGGACAAAAUUUGGAUUACAAUCAUUAUGCUGAGUACACCCAGAUUUUCUGUUUGGAGUAUGCUGAAGAAUUGCAAAAGCAGAAAACCUUUAAAGUUCUGUCACAUUGGCCAGUGAAAUCACACUGAGGUAGUGUCUUUGAUAGUAUUUUAGAUUUUCCUGUUCCUAAUUCUGUGAUGGAGCUGUGACUCUGUAUCUAGGAUGGUAACUGUACAUGUGACUGCAUGGUCAGAGUUUUAAUGUGAAAGGUCAAACAAUGUGGGAUUGUGGCUGCUGCCCUUCCUGCUACGAACAAAACUAAUUUUGUUUUUACGGUACAUGCUUUUAACUACUAACAACCACCUCACGGUUUUAAUUCCACUUAAUGUAUUAUUUCAGUUUAGCGCAGUUUGGGCUUCGUGAUUUUUUUUUCUGCAUGUGACGACUUUUAUUUUUUACUGCUUGAAUAACAAAUUUUUCCACAUUUUCCCUCUAAUGCAAAAAGGUGAAUGUAAUCUGAAUAAGCCAUACCACAGUGUGCUUAACGUGUCGUCACUCAGUGUCCUUAUGUUGCCAUAUCAUGUCUACCUUCUGUAUCUCAUCAUGAGGAGGCGCUGUGUUAACUUCAGCCCUGUGCAACGGCGCCAUUGCCAGUUAUUUUACAAAAGCACGCUUGUGAAUGUCUUGAUGCUUUCAUGUAAUGUUGAUGAUAUUCAUUUACUCCAUUAAAUUAUUUGAAUCUG